GUGUUCUCGACCAGAUCCACAUGCUCAAGAGGCUUCCGUCGGACGACGGGUGCUCUAACAGUGCUCCUGGGACCGGGAACGCGAGCGUGCCAUAGCCGUAAUAGCCAGUUGAGGCUGAGUGUCGCGAUCGUACCACCCCAACAAGCAUCGGCAUCGCCAGCGCGGUCACACUGGUCGCCACCAGAUCAUCGUAAUUUAAGCUCACGCUCGACGGGCUCUCGUGUUCUUUCUUAUACUCGGCAGCUGCGACUCUCUGGGCAACGCGCAUCUUUUUCCUCUUCCUCCUCCGUACCCGAUAAUUCGAGCAUGUCCGACAAGACCUCUUUCUACGAUCUCAAGGCUGAGCAGCCCGGUGGCAAGACGUUCGAGUUCGAGCAGCUCAAGGGCAAGGUCGUGUUGGUCGUCAACACCGCCAGCCAGUGUGGCUUCACCCCGCAGUACAAAGGCCUCCAAGAGCUGCACGACAAAUACAAAGACCAGGGCCUCGUCCUGCUCGGCUUCCCGUGCAACCAGUUCGGCGGGCAGGAGCCGCACGCGGACGACAAGAUCGCCGAGUUCUGCACGCUCAACCACGGCGUCAGCUUCCCGCUCAUGAAGAAGAGCGACGUGAACGGGGACGGCACCAACGAGGUGUUCAAGUGGCUCAAGAACGAGAAGGCGGGCAUCAUGGGCAUCCAGCGGAUCAAGUGGAACUUCGAGAAAUUCUUAGUGGGCAAGAACGGCGAGGUCAUUCAACGCUGGGCGUCGACAACGACACCCCAGGGUUUGGAGCCCACCAUCCAGCAGGCACUCGCUGCUUAGCUGUAGUGGAAAUUGAUAGACGGUCAUGUCAUUAUUUGUACAGUCUCAUACAUGCAGACAUUUGCUCCCCUCUAAUCUGGCCAAUACGGAGUUCCAGUAAACGUCCCCAGACACUGAUUGAGCUGGUAUAUGCGACGCUAAUCGGAUACGUGGAUGCUCCGGGCUCGUACAGUUCGCGAUGAAGUGCUUAUUCAUGUAAUGAUGCCCUCUUAUCCUAGAACCAAGUGCUGGCAAUUCAACACGAU